UCCCUUCCCUUGAUUUCCCCCACAGAUCUAACAUUUCCAUUUGGAUUUCGCGAAAUUCUGAUUCUCGCUCUUUUUUUGAUCUGAUACUUUAGUGCUGCAGCUUGAUCUCGAUUUUUUGUCGGCGGUCUACAGAUCAUCGAUCUCCGCGGCAAUGAAUUCUAGAAGUUUCAGGGAUCGUAAUGCUAGAACUGCCCUGUUUGAUGGUAUUGAGGAAGGAGGUAUAAGAGCUUCAUCGUCUUAUUCUACUCAUGAGAUUGAUGAACAAGAGAAUGACAGAGCAAUUGAUGGACUGCAAGAUCGAGUUAAUCUACUGAAGAGAAUAUCAGGUGAUAUACAUGAGGAAGUUGAGUCUCAUAACCAUAUGCUGGACAGAAUGGGAAAUGACAUGGAUGCCUCAAGAGGAGUUUUAUCUGGAACCAUGGAUAAAUUUAAGAUGGUGUUCGAGACCAAAUCAAACCGGAGGAUGUUUACACUUGUGGCAUCUUUUGUGGUUGUUUUUCUUGUUAUAUAUUAUCUUACCAAGUAAGCUGUCACUGGUUGAGGUAAAUAGGUGAAUAUAUGAACUUUGUGUAGAAUGUUACUGCUCUAUCUGCCUUACUUGUGAAGUCAUAUCAUGAUUACUGUGCGAACCAUACCCCUGUGUAAAAAUGUGUCAUAUUACAUAUGCUUGAAUGACUUGGUCUUCUGUUUCAUAUUUUUGGCUAAGUAAAUAUGGAUGACUUUCUGUUGUUACAGAUAAAA